UACAUUUUAGAUAUUGACGAAUGUCCAAACAAUGAUUUGAACGACUGUGAUUCUAUAUGCACAAAUACUGUAGGAAGCUAUGUCUGUUCAUGUCAUGACGGAUUCGUUUUGAAAUCUGGUAAAUGUGAAGAUAUUGAUGAGUGUGCCACUAGAAAAGAUAACUGCGAACACAACUGUAGAAAUGAAAUUGGAAGUUUUGCUUGUGAGUGCAGAAAUGGUUAUAAAAUUUCCGCCACUGAUGCCAGUAAAUGUGUUAAUCAAGAUGAGUGUGAAACAAAUAAUAUUGGAUGUGAGCACAAUUGCACAAAUACUGAUGGUAGUUUUACUUGUACAUGUGAUGACGGGUACAAAUUGAACAGUGAUAAAAUGACUUGCGGUCUGUAUAUUGACGAAUGUGAAGAUGAUAAUGGUGGAUGUAAUGCAACUUGUAGCAACAGUGUAGGAUCGUAUGAGUGUAGUUGUCCAGAUGGUUUCAAACUAGAAGCUGACGGUAAAACUUGUAAAGAUAUUAAUGAAUGUGAAACUUCAAACGGACAAUGCGACCAUAACUGUCAAAAUACUAAUGGUAGUUAUAACUGUGUCUGUCGAACGGGAUUUGAAUUAAGCAAUGAUAAUAGAACUUGUGAUGAUAUUAAUGAAUGUGAUACUGAUAAUGGUGGUUGUGAGCUGAUUUGUAAAAAUGUUGUUGGAACAUUUGAAUGUAAUUGCAAUCCCGGUUACAACUUAAGAUCUGACAACAAAACGUGUGAAGAUCAAGAUGAAUGCCUGACUCCAAACAUUUGUAAUGGUGCAAACGCGGCCUGUGAAAAUACACUUGGUACAUACUAUUGUAGUUGUCCUGAAGGUUAUGAAAAGGAUUUCAUAAACUGUAACGAUAUCGAUGAAUGUGUACAGAAUAAAGAUGGAUGUGAACAGAACUGCACCAAUACAGAUGGUUCGUUUGAAUGUAAUUGUAACGAAAACUUUGCUUUGAAUGAUGACAAUAAAACUUGCUCAGGUUAG